AUGUAUUGUUUACGAAGAUCCAGAGGUUGGGAACCUCUCAGCAAAAGCGCAUUUAUUCGAAAUCUUGCGACCGUUUCUCCCGCAGCCCCUGCAGCCAGGAACCACAAAAUCGUCGUUGUUGGAAACGGCUCUGCUGGUGUUGCAGUCAGUCACCAGCUAUUGCGAAAAGGCAGAUUUUUAAAAGACGACAUUGCAGUCAUUGAUCCGGCGAAAUGGCAUCAUUACCAGCCUGGUUGGACACUUGUUGGCGGAGGCUUGAAAGACAAAAAAGCUCUCAGGACACUAAUGAAUGGCUUAGUGGAAGGGAAACUGAAAUUCUACAACAAGAGCGUUGCGUCGUUCAGCCCGAAAAACAAUUUAUUGACACUAGAAAGUGGCGAUAUGAUCCAUUACGACCAUCUUGUGGUUGCACCAGGCAUCAAGAUUGACUAUGGCAGUGUCAACGGGUUGUCCGAAGCACUAAGCAACCCAAACAGUCCAGUCGCAUCCAUCUACAGCUACGAUUACUGCGACAAGGUCUUUCAAAACAUCCAAAGAUUAAAAUCAGGCUCUGCAAUCUUCACCCAACCAGCCGGUGUGAUCAAGUGCGCCGGCGCACCACAAAAGAUCAUGUGGCUCGCACUAGACAACUGGAGACGAUCCGGCCUAUACCAAAACGACCCCAAAAAAUCCGCAAUAAACGUCACUUUUGCGACCGGUCUCCCCAGCAUGUUCGGUGUCCCAAAAUACAGUGCCAAACUCGAUGCUUUGCGCAAAGAACGCGGCGUCGAAGGCCUAUUCGAACACGACCUCAUCUCCAUCUCCGGCAACACCGCAACAUUCGCUCGUCCAAACGGCCAGGCCAACCUUCACCUCCCCUUCUCCUUCCUGCACGUCGCUCCGAAAAACGUCCCCCACGAGUUUGUCAAAGCGAGUCCGUUGAGCAACGAAACCGGAUACGUAGAUGUAGACCCGCACUCCCUCCGCCACAAAAAAUACCCAAACAUCUGGUCCCUUGGCGACGCCGCAAACCUGCCCACCUCCAAGACCGUCGCAGCGAUAACAUCGCAAGCUGUCGUCCUCACCCAGAAUGUAUUACUCAGUUUAGACGGCAAAGACCCAAGCGAAGAAUACGACGGAUACACAUCGUGUCCGCUGCUGACGGGCGACAAAAAAGUGCUCUUAGCGGAAUUCAGGUACGGGGGUGUGCCUAAGGAGACGUUCAAUACUUGGUUUGGCAUCGAUCAAGCGGUGCCAAGACGCGCGUUUUAUCAUCUUAAGAAGGACUUUUUUCCGUGGGUAUACGAUCGGUUUCAUGUCAAGGGACGGUGGGGUGGGCCAAAGGGGUGGAUAUGGUAG